AUGAUGGAGGAUAAAGGGCCUCGUGUAGCCGACUACUUUGUGGUUGCCGGCCUCACCGACUCGUCCAAGCCUCUGGAGGAGGAGCUCCACUUUGAUGAUGCCGGUCCCAAGUCUGUGAAACCAAAAGCCCCUAUCACCGACGUAGCUGUGGUGAUCCGUUCCCUUGGUGAAGAGGUGCCCACGGGUUUCACCUGUGUUGAAAGCACCCCCUCAGGCCUGUCUGCAGAGCUCAAUGCAGCCAGCCUCAGGGGCCCACAGAUAUUCUUGUGUUUCAAGCGAGGCAGAGAUAAGCCUCCACUGACAGAUCUUGGGAUUCUGUAUGAGUGGAAAGAGAAACUGAAAGCUGGAUGUCACAUCGUCCAGACCACGCCCUCAGGUCGCCCUGCCAACAUCAGCAGCUCAUCAUCCCAACGCAUCUACAUUACCUACCGCCGCGCACCGAAGAGCCAGCCCCACACUUCACUGGCUGUCACUGAUGUCUGCAUCAUCAUCCCCGGGAAGGGGGAGACGCCCCCUCACACCUUCUGCAAGGUGGACAAGAACCUCAACAGCAGCAUGUGGGGAUCCUCAGUCUACCUUUGUUAUAAGAAGUCUCUGGCUAAAGCAAACACAAUCGCAUAUAAAGCAGGUCAGCUGUGUAGGUACCCUGAAGAGGACUACGAGUCCUUCCCACUGCCUGAGUCUGUGCCUAUGUUCUGCCUACCCAUGGGGGCAAUGGUUGAGUGCUGGCCAGCACACACCAAACACUCCCUGCCUGUUUUCUCCACAUUUGUACUGACGGGUGCCUCUGGAGAAAAGGUUUACGGAGCGGCCAUCCAGUUCUAUGAGCCUUACUCAGAAGAGAACCUGUCGGAGCGUCAGCGCUCGCAGCUCGGCCUGCCAAGCGCCGAUCUCGGACCUGAUGGGCCCAGGAAUGUUUACAGCAACAAGAGCAUCUGUCUGCUCUCCCACUGGCCCUUCUUCCAGUCCUUCAGGAGCUUUCUCACUUUCCUCUACCGAUACUCCAUCUCUGGCCCACAUGCCCUGCCUAUUGAAAAGCACAUCUCUCACUUCAUGCAAAAUGUGCCAUUCCCCUCAACUCAGAGACCACGCAUCCUAGUGCAGCUGUCUCCACAUGACAGCCUGAUACUGAGCCAACCUGUGUCCUCUCCACUGCCUCUCAGUGGUGGCAGCCUCUCCACAUUACUGCUGAACCUGGGCCCGAAGAACGCAGCCACUCUGCUGGUGCUGGCUGUCACAGAGCACAAGAUCCUGGUUCAUUCACUGCGUCCAGCUGUGCUCACGAGUGUUACAGAGGCCCUUGUGUCUAUGAUAUUCCCCUUCCACUGGCCGUGCCCCUACAUCCCUCUGUGCCCGCUGGCACUGGCCGGUGUGCUCAGUGCACCGUGCCCUUUCAUCGUUGGUGUGGACUCCCGAUACUUUGACCUUUAUGUGCCCCCAGCUGACAUCAGCUGCGUAGAUUUGGACACCAACACAAUCUCCCAAAAAGAUGACAAGAAGGCAUUAACGUGGAAAAUCUUGCCCCGGAGAGCCUGCAAACAUCUUCUGAAUACUCUGAAUAAACUCCACCAGCAGCUCACGGAGGGCGGUCAGCUGAACCGUGAAGAUGUGCAGAUGGAGCACACAGUAACUGACAGUGAGCUCAACGGUGGGAAGAGCCUCCACACUCUGGAGCUGGAGAUCCAGGAGGCCUUCCUGCGCUUCAUGGCUGCUAUCCUGCGAGGCUACCGCUCCUACCUGCUGCCCAUCACCCAAGCCCCCUCUGAAAAGACCACGGAUGCCACCUCCCUCUUUGACAUACAAGGCUUUCUGAAGAGCAGAGACCGCUCCCACCAGAGGUUUUACUCCCACAUGACCAAGACUCAACUGUUCAGCCGUUUCAUAGAGGAGUGCUCAUUUGUCAGUGAUAAAGAUGCCAGCCUGGCUUUCUUUGAUGAGUGUGUUGAUAAGCUAUUCACCACUGGAGGCAAGAUGGACAGUGAUCGGCCGGAGGAAACCAGACUGAUAGAACUAGAUGAAUCCUACCGCAGUGAGCACACGGUCUACAUCAACCCUCCAGAGCUGCCUCCACUACCCCAGGGAGAAGAGCAUCCUCUGUGCUAUAGCUACUCUGGGUUCCCUGUGCUGAAUGCUGAGCUUCUGGAGCCGCUGGAGGGACCAAAUCCUCCAUCAGCAGGCAUGGCCUCACGGCACAGCAGCCCAGCCAGCCCUACGGCCAUCUUUAGGCGCUCUAAACAGGAGAUCAGAUCAGCUCAAAGGAUGGCCAAAACCUAUUCAUCAAUGCCUCAGAUGUGGUCGAAGUGUCUGCUGCGCCACUGCUACGGCCUUUGGUUCAUCUGCCUCCCAGGGUUUGUUGACACCUGCCACUCAAAGGUGCGAGCUCUGCGUACAGCUUAUGAUGUGCUGAGGAAGAUGCAGGACAAGAAGUUGCAGGCUCCAGAUGAGGUGUGUUACCGUGUGUUGCUGCAGCUGUGUGGUCAGUACAGCCAGCCGGUCCUUGCUGUCAGGGUAUUGUUUGAGAUGAAGAAAGCUGGAGUUCAACCCAACGCCAUCACCUAUGGGUAUUACAACAAGGCGGUGUUGGAGAGCACCUGGCCCUCCACCACCAGAGGAGGCUACUUUUUGUGGGGAAAGCUGAGGAACGUGGUCCUAGGUGUGCUCCAGUUCAAGCAAGCGGGAAGAAAACAACAGACGCCUCACAGAGAUCCUCAGCUUUCAGACGGCAGUGAUCUUGACACAGUCAGUCACGGCAGUUUGGACAGUGCUAAUGACUCUGCUGAGCGCACGUCCAUCGACACUGACUUCACUAAAAUGGACUCCAGUGAUGACGGAUUUAGUACAGGUGGACAGUCAGACCAAGGCUACGAUUCACUAUCCAAAGAGGAGGAGAGGAUGUGCAGCAGAGAGAGUGACAACACACCACUGGUGGGAGACAAAGGACCGAGGCAGUCCACAGCUGAGAUCGAGAUUCCAAUCAGCAGCAUCUCUCCUUCUACAAGAAACUGCAAAUCAACACAUGUCAGAGCAGGCAAUGGCAUCAGGCUGGUUUCCAGUCCAUCUAGUGACACCGUUCUGUGUGGAGUUCUUCCAAAGAAAGAGAGGCCAAAAUCUCUGGACCUGUCUGGUGGACAAGGAAGCCUAAGGCUCAACGUCCCUCACCUUGGCUCAACAAAGCAGCAUCACCUAGCUGCUGACAGACUGCACGGGGUAGAAGAAGAGGAGACAGAGAUUGAUAAACAGAAACCUGUGGUAGAGAGAAGUGUGGACAAAGUGAGGCCAGGUGUGUCCAUAGAGAGGAGUGUGAGCUGCAGUGCUGGGACUGUAAGCAGAACAGGUAUUGAGAGGGGGUUUGAUCCCCUGUCACUGUUGACGACAGAUGCGUCACAAGAGUGUGAUCAGGAGAACAGCGACACGCCAAAGGCCCGCCGCGACCUCGCUGAGGAGAUUGAGAUGUACAUGAAUAAUGGGAACAGCCCUCUGAGCAGCCGCACACCCAGCAUGGACCUGCAGAACCCCUCAAGCCCUUUGUUUCGCUCUGCCUCGUCUCCUCACACCUCCCCACGACCCUCCACCCUGCUCCGCUCCAACACCCACCUGCCACUGCCUGUGAAAUCAAGGGAGAGACUGAGGCCAUCGCCAUCUCUUCCUCUGGGUGUCUGUACCAAAGACAGGGAGAGGCCUUCCUCCUUGGUGUCACCCUCCUCACCUACUCCCUCCUCCUCCUCAUCGUUCUCCAUGGAUUCAAUGUUCACCCCAACUCUGGACAUCUUCAAGAGCAGUGUCUUAUCAGCAGGGAAGGGCAUGGCGGGGAAGGCCAGCCGCCUCUACUCUCGUUUGUCCUCCCAGACUUCAUUAACACAGGAUGCAAACUGUGACCGGAUUAGUGUAUCCUCACUGACCUCAGGAGAGGCAGACUGCUCCUCACUGCUUGAUCAUGACUCCUGUCUGGACCCAGAUGGCUUUACCUCCCCACAGCACGGCAGCAUUUCCCGACUCAGGAGGAGUCCGGUUGUGGGUCAUACCAACCUGGGCAGCCCCAGCACCCCCAACAGAGUGUUCAGACACAACUCCUUCUCCGGUGGUUUGGCGCUUUCUUCUAAAACCCCUCACACUCCAGAUUCCUCCCCUGACACCAGAUGCUUCCAACCCACUCCCAAUUACACCAUAGAGGUGCUGAUGUCCAGCUGCUCACUUUGUAAGACGUGUGACUGUCUGGUGUACGAUGAGGAGAUCAUGGCUGGCUGGACUGCAAACGACUCCAACCUCAACAGCUCUUGUCCUUUCUGCGGCACAGCCUUCCUGCCUUUCCUCAAUGUGGAAAUCAAAGACCUGAGACCACAGAGCAGGUCUUCUAAGGAAAGUAAUCCUGUUACAGAGGACGUCACGUCGGCAACUCUCAAUCCUGAGGCCAAAAUGUCUGCGGCAGAAAGUGCAGCUCAGUCAUCUGCAGCUCCCCAGGAGACGCAGGGCAGCAGUAAGAGUGCUGAGCCGACUCCAGUGACGGUGCCCUACCUGAGCCCUCUGGUUCUGUGGAAGGAGCUGGAGAGCCUGCUGCUAAAUGAGGGCGACCAGGCCAUCUCCUCCCAGAGUGUUGUCGACCAACACCCCAUCGUCUUCUGGAACCUCGUGUGGUACUUCAGGAGGCUGGAGCUGCCGAGUAACCUGCCCGCUCUCAUCCUGGCCUCCCAGCACUGUAGCCAUGGAGACCAGACUCCUCAGAGUGUUUCUUCCGAGGACAGUAAGCAGGUGCUUGUGAGGAUUAUGUGGGACAACCUGAAGUUGCACAAAGACAAAGUUCAACCCUGCUAUGUCCUGUGGAACUCACAUUGUGCAAACUCCCUGGUUCGCUCUGGGCUGUGUGAAGAAGGCCAGCUCUUCACUGUGGAGCUACUGCAGGGUUUUGUGAGGAGCACUAAGAAGAGUGAUGUCUAUCAGCCAAUGAGCCAGAUCAUCCAACUGCUAGGGCCAGAGCUGGGCUUUAAAAGACAGAGGAGCCUGUACCGAGAUGUAUUGUUCCUCGCUCUGGUAGCUUUGGGAAAGAACAACAUUAAUAUAAAUGCUUUUGACCGGGAGUACAAGUUGGCGUAUGAUCGCCUCACCCCAAACCAGGUUAAACUGACACACAACUGUGACCGGCCCCCUGGAGCAGGAGUCAUGGAGUGCAGGAGGACUUUUGGGCAGCCCAGUCUGUAAACUACUUCUCUUCUUUUGUUUUUCCUUCAACCAUGGUCACUGCUGCUGGUUUUUUUUUUUUGGACUGCUCCUCAGACUCAGGGUCAGCUCACCUGAGUAGAGCACAGAGCUCUUAAGCACAACGGGAAAAUGACACUUAAUGUAAAGCACCUGCCAUGAGUUUAUACUGUUAGAGCGGAGAGACGUGGACUGACGGCCUUGUGUUUGUAAAUAUUUAAAGAAUCCACUGUAUUUUCAUUAUAACUAUGGUAAAAUGUUUGUACAGUUAUUAUACAAUCUAUUUUAUGACUUUGUUUCCGUUGAAGCUGUGAGUAAGUAUGUAAAAGUAAGUGUAUGGUCACAUCCAAAUUCAUAAGUGAUCCUGGCGACCUUGUUAAGACUUGUUGAGUGUGUGUAUAAUAAGUACUUGCUCUUAGACAUUUGCGUUUUAACAAAGCACUUUGACAAGAUGAGCUCUUGCCAUUCAUUCUCAUUUACAUAACGCUGUGUCCCAGCAGCCUACGCUUAAGUUACUUUUUAUUUGACAGCUGCACGACUCACUGCACUGUUUAACAUUUCCAUUAUAUGCAGUUAAUGAAAGCAAAGAAAUUCCUCCUCAUUUGCACCCUGCGCACAUAGCAGGGCCAUGUUCAUAUGCCUGAAUACACUAAACAAAGAAGGGAGUACUUAGUUAAUGUAUACGCACAAUGGUUUUUCAUUUAUCCUUUUUUUGUACCAAAAUAACCCAACAGGGAAUAGUGCUUCUAUGAUUUAUUUACAGUUUUUAAGCAAUACCUUUUUUAUUGUGAGGAUUUAUGUGUUAUACGGGACCACCAAGGAUACAUUUCCUUAAAAACAGUACAAUCAAACUAAUCUUAGAUGAAUACAAAUAAAUGUUUUCUGAUGAUUUAAUCAACACAAUUGUUUUUGAUAAAAAAAAUCUAAAAAAAUUAUUGACACAGUAAUGGAUCUAUAAAAAUGUAUUUAAUUCUAGUUUUUUGUAUAUUUCCUUUUGGUCUUUACUGUAUGGUGUAUAUGUCAGUUUUAGACAUUUGGACAACAGUACACUGUUUAAUGUGACAUACAGGGUAAAGAAAGGACAUUUUAAAUCUCUUUGAACAGAUGAUGGUGCACGUUUCUUUGCACUGAGGAUAUUAGAAGAUAUGUUAAUGUCAAAGGUGUUACAACAGCUCUGACCUGCCCUAAUUCAAAAUCCCUUCCAAAAAUGAGUGUGAUGGUUCACUGUGUUAAUAUUGUCUUUCACGUUUAACUGACAAAAACCUGCCUAGAUUCUGUUAUUAGUGUGAUGCAGCUCAACAGCCUAUUACUGGACUUCACCACAAUCACUUCUGAUGAUACGAUGCUGGAUUAAACAUGGCUGUGUGCUUGGAAUAAACACCAAUAUCACAGCAUGAACUGUAAAUUAGCAUUUUAAUCACCUUGUAAAUUGUAACAAAAAAAAAAAACACUGAUGACCAAAACAUAAUUUGAUGUGUAGAUGUUGUUUACACAAUUUGUCAAUCGAAAAAUGUUUAUGAAGUGUUAUUUAUCAUUUGUAACACAGAUACUAAUUUGUAUGAUUUUUAUAUAAAAAAAAGAAAUCAAAUUUCUUUCCCUGGCUGGAUUUAUAGUUUGCUUUCAUUUAUGAAUAAACACGUUUAUUCUACGGA